UUGUCAACUCAGCUCAGAGAAGGACUAAAAAAAUCUGCAAUUGUUAUGUGAGUUUCUUCUUCUCUGCUGGAGAUCAAACUCUUCAGCUCCAUCAUGGAGGACACAUACACUUGUGGAGAUCAGGAUUUGUUUACAGGAUGCAGAUCACGUAAGAGGAAGAGAGCAGAAGCAGAGCCCAGCUGUGUGUCUAUGAAGAGUGGCAGGUCGAUGAAUGGAGCAGGAAAUGUUAAGAGCAAAGACAGACGGCCUGCCAGUUCAGUUCAUCAGAAGAGAGCAGAAGCAGAGCCCAGCUGUGUGUCUGUGAAGAGUGACAAGUCUAUAGGUCGAAUAAUAAACUUAAGUAGUGGAGACACAGGACCUGCUGUCAGUGUGAAGAGAGAUGAUCAGACUAGAGAUAUGCAGCAGGAUUCACUCCAGCCAGAACAUGAUACAUUUCAGAGAGUCAAAGACCAGCACAAAACCAGCAUGAAGAACAAAUAUGAGAGAUUAUUUGAGGGAAUCAACCAUCAAGAGACUCAAACCCUCCUGAACAGGAUCUACACACAGCUCUACAUCAUAGAAGGAGAGAGUGAAGGAGUGAAUGAAGAACAUGAGGUUUUACAGAUGGAGAAAACAGCUAGGACAAAACCCCCACAAGACUCUCCCGUCAACUGCAAUGACAUCUUUAAAGCCUCAGCUGGAGUAGGACAUGAGGCGAAGAUAAAGGAGAAACCCCAGAUCAAGACUGUUCUCACUAAAGGCAUCGCUGGAAUCGGAAAAACCGUCUCUGUGCAGAAGUUUAUUCUGGACUGGGCUGAGGGAAAAGACAAUCAGGAUGUAGAUUUCAUGUUUGUGCUUCCAUUUCGAGAGCUGAACUUGAUCCGAGAUCAUCAGUACAGUCUUCACAGACUUCUGCUGGACUUUCAUCCAGAACUUGAAGAUCUGGAGCCCAAGAUUUAUGAGCAGUGUAAGGUUGUGUUCAUCUUUGAUGGUCUGGAUGAAAGCAGAAUCACACUGAAGUUUUCAGAUAAGGAUAAAGUUUGUGCUGUGACUGAAUCGUCAUCAGUGGCUGUCUUGAUGUUAAACCUCAUGAAAGGAGAUCUGCUUCCCUCUGCUCUCAUCUGGAUCACCUCCAGACCAGCAGCAGCCCAUCAGAUCCCCUCCAAAUACAUCAACCGUCUGACAGAAAUUCAGGGAUUCACUGAACCUCAGAAGGAGGAAUAUUUCAGGAAGAGAAUCAGUGACGAGCACCGAGCCAACAGAAUCAUCUCCCACAUCAGAAGGGCAAGAAGCCUCCAGAUCAUGUGCCACAUACCCGUCUUCUGCUGGAUCUCCUCCACUGUGCUUCAGAAGCUCAUGGAAGAAGAUCUGAGUGCAGAAAUUCCUCAAACUCUGACUGAAAUGUACAUCCACUUCCUGCUGAUUCAGAUCAACAUGAGGAAGCAGAAGUAUGAAGAGAGAGAUCCAGAGAAACUCCUGCAGUCCAACAGAGGAGUGAUUGUCAAACUUGCUGAAGUUGCUUUUGGACAGUUGAUGAAGGGCAAUGUGAUGUUCUAUGAGGAGGACCUGAUUGAGAGCGGCAUAGACAUCACUGACGCCUCAGUGUAUUCUGGGAUCUGCACUGAGAUAUUCAAGGAGGAAUCUGUGAUUCAUUAUAGGAAAGUCUACAGCUUCAUCCAUCUGAGCUUUCAGGAGUUUCUUGCCGCAUUUUAUGUAUUUUACUUCCAUGUGAAUACAAUAAUGAAGGGACUAAGAGAUUUUGCAACAAUAGAAAAUUUGCAUAAAGGAACAGUAGAUAAAGCUCUUAGGAGUAGUAAUGGUCAUCUGGAUCUUUUACUCCGGUUCCUGCUGGGUGUCUCACUGGAGUCCAAUCAGAGACUCUUACAGGAUCUACUGACACACACAGAGAAGAGCUUAGAGAUCAUAAGAGGAACCACACAGUACAUUAAAGAGAAAAUCAGAGAUGGACAUGGACUCUCCACUGAAAGAUCCAUCAAUCUGUUCCUCUGUCUGCUGGAAUUGAAAGAUCAGACUCUGUCCAGAGAGAUUCAGGAGUUUGUGAAAUCAGACAAACACUCAGUGGAAAAACUCACUCCUGCCCAUUGCUCAACAAUAUCCUACAUGAUUGAGAUGUCAAAGGAGCCACUGGAUGAGUUUGAGCUGCAGAAAUUCAACACAUCAGAUGAUGGAAGACGAAGACUAAUACCAGCUGUGAGAAACUGCAGAAAAGCUCUGCUACAGUGCUGUAAUCUAACUGUUCGGUCCUGUGAGAGUUUGUCUUCAGCUCUACAAUCCUCAAACUGUGUCCUGAGAGAGCUGGACCUGAGUAACAAUGACCUGCAAGAUUCAGGAGUGAAGCUUCUCUCUGAUGGACUGAAGAGUCCAAACUGUAAACUAGAGAUACUGAGAUUGUCUGGCUGUAUGGUGACAGAGGAAGGCUGCGGUUUUCUGUCUUCAGCUCUGAGUUUAAACCCUUCAAACCUGAGAGAGCUGGAUCUGAGCUACAAUCAUCCAGGAGAUUCAGGAGUCAAGCUGCUCUCUGAACAACUGGAGGAUCCAAAUUACAGACUGGACAAACUUAAUAUGGAUCAUGGAGGAGAGAAGAGGAUUACUGCAGGACCACACAAAUAUGCCUGCUUUCUCACACUGGAUCCAAACACAGCAAACACCAAACUCCUUCUGUCUAAGGAGAACAGAGAGGUGAUGUGUGUGGAGGAGAAACAGUCGUAUCCUGAUCAUCCAGACAGAUUUGAUGAUCAUAUACAGGUGUUGUGCAGAGAGAGUGUGUGUGGACGCUGUUACUGGGAGAUUGACUGGAGUGGAGAUCAUGUGUUAAUAUCAGUGUCAUAUAAGAGUAUCCAGAGGAAGGAAGCAGGCAAAGAGUGUUGGUUUGGAUGUAAUGCUCAGUCCUGGGGUUUGAUCUGCUUUACCUCCAGUUUCUUAUUCAGACACAAUAACAGAGAGACUUUUCUACCAGUAGAGUCGAUCAGCAGUAGAAUAGGAGUGUUUGUGGAUCACAGUGCAGGAACUCUGAGCUUCUACAACAUCUAUAGAGACACUAUGAGCCUCAUCCACUCAGUCCAGACCACAUUCACUGAGCCGCUCUAUGCUGGGUUUAGGGUUAAUUUUUCCGGAUCAUCAGUCAAACUGUGCUGAAGAUUGAGAGACUGAGCAGUGAUUUACCCAUAAUCCUGUCAUAAUCCUCAGUCAGUAGCACUGACAUGUUCUUGAGUCUCUUCUAUUCAUCACAUUAAUCCUCCAGUUAACUUCUGUCUCUGAAAACCAAUAAAAAAAAAUGUUGUAUGCGUUUA